AUGAUAUUAUCUGUCUGUCUAUAUAUUUUGGAUAGUUUUGGUUCUGGAAUAAAAAAUGAUAUUAUUUUAAUGGAUAAUGGGUUCGACAAUGAGAAGCAAAGAUAUUUAGAGAAUAAUAAUAAUACCCAUCAAUUAAUCUCCCAUUAUUAUUACUAUCAAAUCUUAUUUGUACAAACCCCCUUUUUCACCUCCACCACGGCAGCGCAUUCUAUUAUUUUCUUUUUCUGUUAUUUACCAGUUUACACUCUUUUCUCUCUCUCUAACCACAACACAUUCAUUAUUCCGUUCCGCCUGUAUAAUAAUAAUAACAAUAAUAAUAAUAAUAAACAUUAUCCUAGAGUAAUCGUUGUAGUAGAGUAUAGUAGUAAAAUAGUAGUAGUUGUAACUAGUAAUAAUAACAAAGACAGAGAACAACAACAUGUUUUGAUAAGAGAUAAUAUAAUCACACGCUAUCAAUCUACUUCACCUUCAUCUUCUCCAGUGCCAAUCAACAAUAAUAACAAUAAUAAUAAUAACAACGCAAGCACUACUAAUCAUAUUAUCAAAAAGCAAAGAAUCGAAUUAUCAUCAUCCUCUUCAUCACCAUCAUCAUCCUCAUUGUUACUUAAUAACCCAUACCAAAGCUAUUUACCGAUUAUCGCCAACAUCAAUAAGGAUCAAUUACAACAACAACAACAAGAUGGAUACAAUGGACAAUUAUUAAAUAUUUUGAAUCCCGUUCAAUCGGAAUGUUUAAUUGACGAUGACAGCGACUCUGACAAUGACCACUCUUUACCAACCUUUAAACAAUUUGAGUCACGAUUGUCUACUACCACGUCCACCGGUACCAAACCAUCGCCAUUGUCAUCAUCUGCUUCACCAUCUUUUAUCUUCAAGAGCCACGAUUCUUCGCCAUGUUCAUCACCCUCUCUUCCAGUCGUCGUUGAUAAUAGCCAACAACAACAUCAAUCAUUGUCACCUUCACCAAACAACAAGCAACAAAUCUAUCAAUGGAUGCAAGAGUUGGUUGACCUCAAGAGAAGAGAAUCCAUCCUACUUGACAAUAUCAAAAACUUUACUCAACACUCUACCUCUUCCCCCUCCUCCUCCUCUUCAUCGCCAUCAUCCUCAACUGCCUCUGUUGCUGCAUCACCAACUGUCACCACUGCCACCAAUAUGAUUAUUGAAGACCAUAGUUCAGAUGACCAUCAAGUUGAAUACCAUAACCACCGUUUAUUAACUCCAAGAGACAAAUUAACUAUUCAACAUCAACCAUCAGAUUCAGUAGUAUGCCAUAGAUAUAUUCAUCCAUCACCAACAUUGAUGGUUGACCAAGAGUUGAUCAACAAUCGUACUGUUGGCAGCGCAUUGGUUGUCCAGGUAUCUUUGGUUUACAACUCUACCUACAAGCAAGUCAGUGCCAAGCAAUCGGAUGGCAAACAAGAGGUACUCCAGGGCAUCAAGUCGUUGAUGGUCGAUCGCACCGGUCUCGUCGUCUUUAACAAGCUCAAGGUCAGUGAAGUCAGCUCCAAGCAUCUCCACCAAUCCUUCUGCCUUGUCUUUGCCUUGUGUGAGGUGUUUAACGACGGUCGUGCCAACCAAGAAGUAUCGUCGGUCACCUCAAGCUCGUUCCACGUCCUCUCUAGAAACAAUACCAACAACAAGCGUAAAAAGGACGACCAAGACAACUCUUCUGAUCUAUCUGACGGCGGCAACGACCACACCUCGUCACCUUCAUCACCAUCACAACCCAUCCAUCUUGCCUCACUCUCUCCAAUGAGUUCAUCAGGUGCCUCUCAAAGUACCUCAUCCUUUUCAUUGAUGGCUAGUAACGAUGAAAUGAACUCGUCCUCUUCCUCCUCCCCAUCUCCACAACAACCAUCAGUCUCAUUACAACACUCUUUAUCAGAAACAACUACUCCAUCACAACAACAACAACAACAACCAUCAAACAAUGAUCCAAACUAUAUUGAUAUUACCGAACUGUUGGUACUUCCACAAAAGGAGGCAGCUUCACGUCUUGGUAUUUCAGAGUCAAUGUUGUGCAAGCGUUUCAAGGAAUGCACUCGUCGUAAAUGGCCAUACCGUUACUUGAGAAAGAUUGACAAGGUCAUCAAGAUCAUCACCUACCAACACGGUACCGAUAUCCCCAAGGAGGAAAAGGACAAGUUUGACAAGUUGAUGGCCGAACGUGAAGAAUGUCUCCGUCCCGUCAAGAUUAGAAUCACCGGUUGUCUCGAAAAGGAAGACGAGACGGGCUCACCCAUCUAUGUCAAGGCUCUCUCCUCUUCUGCCUUUUCUCACAUCCACCCCAAUCUUGUUGUUUCAAGUGGCGGUCUAUCCACUGCCACUGCUACCGUCGCCACCACCACCACCAAUGUCAAGUCACAAAUCCACAGCAUCAUCAACUCGGAUGAUGACGAUGAUCAAGACAUGUCAGACGACAACACACCCAUCAAGAACCAACAACCCUUUAAAAACUCUGUGUUUGCCUCUGCUGCUGGAGGAGACGGCAAUCACGGACUCGAAAACAUCCUAGAGACGUUAGAGAUGCUCAAGCACCAUGCCCGUCAAUAA